AUGGCUACAAAGGUUCGCAUUGACCUUAAAUUACUGGGUGACCACAAGGAGCGCCAAACGUCGACCCAAAACUUACCGUUUCCUUCGACAGAAUCAAGCGAGGAUCGCGUCCAGGCCGUCAACGGCAUCGGGCCGGACUGGUCGCCUGCGGAAGAACGCGCGCUCGUGAGAAAACUGGACAUACGGAUCCUUAUACCUUGCUUCGUUAUAUAUGUGCUCGCUUAUUUGGAUCGAGGAAACAUUGGCUCUGUCAAGGUCCUGCAAAUAGGCAAGCCUGACUCCAUCGAGCGCAGUCUGCACAUGAAAGGCACCGAGUUCAACUGGGCGGUCUCGGGAACCUACUUUCUCAUGACUGUUUUCCUAUUACCAUCAAUCCUACUGUUGAAGAGGACGUCAGCCAAGUUUUAUUUUCCUGUCGUCAUGAUAGGCUUUGGCGGCAUUGUCAUGUGCACAGCGGCUGUGAAGAGUGGUCCUGGCCUAAUCCUCGCACGGAUCUUCUUGGGUGUUCCAGAAUCCGGUGUUGCACCCGCAAUUGCAUUUUACUUUUCCUUCUGGUAUCUGCCGAAAGAACGAGCGUUUCGCAUAGGGGUUCUAUUCAGCGCCAACGCUACGGCAGUAGGACUUUCGGGAUUGUUGGCUGAUGCCAUUGACAAUUUGAACGGUCGAAAUGGCCUCAAAUCCUGGCAGUGGGUCUUCCUCAUCGAGGGAGCGAUAUGCGUUGGGCUGGCAUUCCCCUUCCAUUUCAUACUUCUCUCAUUUCCAGAGAAUACUACAGCACUGAGUGAAAGAGGUCAAUUUGAUUCAGCCCGUCAAAUCCUUCUUCCCGGAUUCUCUGACACCAUCCCAGAGCGCUACAUUGCGAUCAACCGUUUUGGAAGAGGCAGUACUCGAAAAACAGACGUAUCUUGGAGCUGGCCGGCUUUCUUCAGUGUAAUGAGGCGGCCCUCUACCUACGUUUUCUUUGUUUCGUACAUGGCAUUGUUGAUGCUGGUGUCUGCUCAAGCGAACUUCCUGCCCAGUAUCCUCCUGGCGUUCCUUCACUACUCGCCAUCAAAGGCAAAUCUCUACGCAGCUGCCACUGCUUUCGCCACCCUACCUUUCUAUUGGGCCUGGCCUUUCCACUCCGACUGGACCCGUGAACGACUGUGGCACUAUAUUAUUCCCCUCCUGGGAUGUAUUCCGGCCUAUAGUAUCUGGACAUGGUCUAGCGGACAUCCGCAUCAACAUUCCGUCAAACCGAUAGCCCUAUACGGGGUGGCAUUCUUAGCGCAAAUGCCUACCUUUGCCCAGCCCUCACUGAUUGCUUAUCGUACGUCUACACUCUACGGGGCGAGCGAGCAGGCCAUUGGCACCGCCGCGACCUUUGCAGCUUUAUCCAUCGGGAGUAUCAUCGCUCCUCAGAUGUUUCCUAAUGCUGAUGCACCACUCUACCACGAGGCCUUCGUCGGCACCUGUGCGAUUGUCGCAGUUGCAAUUGUUAGUGCUUUGACCAUCCCCUACUGGUUGAGUCUGGAAGCCCGCACUCGCAAGCGGAAAUAUGGCCAUGCCAUGCCGCUCCGCGCAAUCGAUGAUGCCGGUCUGAGUCAAACGACAGAUGCCGCCCAUCGUCACAACUAUGAACUCACCAACCGCUUGCAGCGGGCGGCGUUAGCGGCGAAGAAUAUCGAAAUCGAACAGGUCCAGCAAAUCGAAGACCAACCCUAA